AUGUGGCUUCCAUCCCGCGAUAUUCAACACUUUCGCUUAUCCUCCAGGUCUAUCGCCAGCGGGUCACAUCCUAAUCUACUGCCACAGUUCUUCUGGAGAAGCCGCUUUUCGCUUGACUUCGAGAUGGGUUUUGUUCGACCCACUCAAGCGCACAGUCCUGUGGAUUGGAGAUCUCUAUACUUCUCUGUGAAGCAUGAAAUGCAACUUCCGCAAGGAUCUCCACGCCUGCGUAAUCGCAAGAGGAUAUGGCAAAUUAUCAACUGGAAUAUUUCCUUGUUUGAUCUAUACUCACCCGUUGUCCAGUUACAAGGUUUCCCUAUUUCUUGGGACAAUCUUUCCAUGAGCAGCCGCCAGGAGAUAAGUCUGCAAACGCCCACACAAGGUAGAAUAAUCACAACUGAGCUAAGAUCUGGUAACUGUGACUAUCUGCAGGUUGGAAGCAGGGAAAUCUUCAUCAGGAGCCUUCCUGAUCCCUUGGGAAAUCAAUAUAUACGUGCAAUUGGUGUCUCUACCGUUAUCUUCAACUCGCAAAUGUUUAUAUCAGCUCUUCGACUACUCACUAAGGAUUGCAAUAAUACCGGAUAUGCUAGUCAUUCUCUGGGCUAUGUUGACACCAGUACAGAGACCUUCCUGUGGAUCCCACCGAACGAGCAUUUUAUUGGAGUGGAGCUUGUAACGCGCCAGAAUGGUAUCUCUGCGAUAAGGACUAUCUCAUCAAGUGAUUCUGGUGUAUCCUCUUCGGAAUGGUUAGGAGACGUCGAGGGCAGAGAAUCGAAUUUUGCAUUCGGAACAAUCUGCGUGCAGAGAGAAUUGGCCGUUUUCAACCUUGUUGUCAGUUUUGACGCCUUUAAGAUGAUUUCAGUUGCAAUAGUUGAUGGCUUUGAUGCUCCUCGCGAAUCGAAAUCCCCAAAGAAUUUCACUCGAAAGCAGCUUAUUCAACUGCCACUCUGGACACCGAGCUAUCCCAAACCAAAACCCAUCAUCCAGGUGCCCGAGAUCCUCGAAUACCAGACCUACAAUCCCAUUUUGAAUAUGGACUUCGGAGGCGAGUAUGGGGAACACCUGCAGAAACUAAUACGAAUAGUUGCACAUAUGCAAGACAAUGCAGCACCAUUGGUUGGAUUGAUGUUCUAUUUCAACGGGAAAGAUCCUGCAAUGUAUGGAAAACAAGGCGCAACCGAGGUCUCUUUCAUUAUCGAUGGAUCAGGUGGCGAGAGGAUUGUAGAAGUGCUAUAUGAGCGAGCUACAACCUCUUUAGGAAUCUGGUCUCUUAGUGCCAGUAACAGUGUCUUUCAGACCUUUGGUUUACAAUGCAGCUAUACGAACGGUCAGCCUAUUCAGAGUACCUAUGGUCAAAACAGAGCUUACAACGAUCCUCUCAAUGACAAACUAUGUUAUUCAGUAGGCUCCUAUGUCAUGGCUGAAACAGGAUGCACUGCCUCUACAGCUGCUUCCCUGGAGGGUGCCAGGCGUAUCCGGUUCUCCUGCGGUUCUCCGUCACGUACUCGACGAGCAGACGAAGUAUCUGGACUGUGGCUGGACUAUUUCGACUCUCGGCCUUCGGAGAUUGUGGGGCAGUGGAUUUCUGACAUAGACUGUAUGGAUAUCGAGCCGAACGAAAAGAUUACGGAAGUCUCCAUAUGGUUAACUAAAGACAACUCGUCUUGGCUCUUCCAGCAUCUUGGUCGGGUGGUCCGAAUAGUUGUUAGAACGUCUCAUAUGCAGUCGAAGGACGUACAUGUGUCAGAAUUUCUCUCCGCCGGUGAUUUCACGGUACUGAGAUUUCCAGGGAACCAAUUUGAGAAGCUGGUUUCUUUCUGUUGGAUAUUUAAUGCCGGCUUCGACCACCCUCGCGUUCUAUCAUCGCCAGUAACUGAGUCAGAGCGGAUUAUUCUUUGGGACGCACGUUCUUGCAUGAGGCAAUUGCGAUGGACCGUGCCAGAGAAAGCUUUCUGGCAGAUAAAUUCUGAUGGACGAUUCGACCAGGUCAUUGCCAUUUCAGCCUAUCGGAUCCGUGAUCGAGGAAAUGAAUAUCUCACUGGUUUGAAAUUCAGCUACCAGACCGGCUAUACUAGUACCAUUGGCUGCACGGAUGGUAGGCCUUGUAGUGAAGCAUAUUUUGAGGAUGGUGAGAGGCUUGUGAUCCUGGAGGUGCUUUCAGAUUACCAUGGUACCUUGGACAUCGUUCUUCACAGUGAUCGUGUGGGGCCCGGGCAGGCUAGAAAGUCUCAAUCAUUCGCAGGAAAACCGAUUGAGAUACCAGAAUAUGAGUCUGUUCGUCACGACCGUGUGGACUUUUCUACUCAUUGGCUGAGAACAUGCAUCAUCGAUAAGGUCCACAGCUCUUGGGACCAUAGAGGACCGACCAGUAUCCCAUACUGCGAAAUGGUCGGGCUGUGGGGCUUCGAUAUGAGUCCUGGCAAGCUAGGCCUUGGGGUUAUUUUAUUGGAGAAGAGUGAAGACAGUAGUGGAUGA